ACCUCUUCAGCAUCCAUGGGUUUUCAGGACUUCCUGGAACAAGUUGGAGGCCUGGGGAGAUUCCAGAUCAUUCAGAUGGUUUUCAUUUGUAUCUCCAACAUCAUAGUAUACCCUCGUAUACUAUUGGAGAACUUCACUGCAGCCAUCCCUGGUCACCGCUGCUGGGUCCACAUACUCGACAAUGGCACUGUCUCUGCUAAUGCUACUGGGAUCCUCAGCCAAGACACCCUCCUGAGAAUCUCCAUCCCACUGGAUUCAAGCCUGAUGCCAGAGAAGUGUCGUCGUUUCCGCCACCCCCAGUGGCAGCUCCUUCACCUGAAUGAGACCUUCCCUAACAUGAGUGAACCAGACACAGAGCCCUGUGUGAAUGGCUGGGUGUAUGACCGAAGCUCCUACUCCUCCACCACUGUGACUGAGUGGGACCUGGUAUGCGAAUUUCAGUCACUGCUCUCAGUGUCUAAAUUCUUAUUCAUGGCUGGAAUGCUGGUGGGAGGCAUCAUAUAUGGCCAUUUAUCAGACAGGUUUGGAAGGAGGUUAAUGCUCAGAUGGUGUUUGCUCCAGUGUGCCAUUGCUGACACUUGUGCAGCCUUUGCUCCCACCUUCCUCAUUUACUGCUUGCUGCGCUUCUUGGCUGGCCUUUCUGUCAUCACCAUCUUGCUAAAUGGCACUAUGCUCAUUUUAGAAUGGACAUUGCCCCAAUUCCAAGCCUUGGGAAUGACACUGACAGUUUGUUCCUACAGUGUUGGACAGAUAAUAUUAGGAGGUCUGGCUUACGUCAUUAGAGACUGGCGCACCCUCCAGCUGGUGUUUUCUGUGCCAGUAUUUGCCAUCCUUCUGUCUUCAAGGUGGCUGGCAGAGUCUGCUCGGUGGCUUAUCAUCACCAACAAACCCAAGGAGGGCUUAAAGAAACUUAGACAAGUAGCACACAGAAAUGGAAGGAAGAAUGUUGGAAACACCCUAACCCUGGAGGUUUUGAGAUCCACCAUGCAGGAGGAGCUGGAAGCAGCACAAAACAAAUCUUCUCUGUAUGACUUGUUCCGAACACCCAGCAUGCGUAAAAGGAUGUGUGUACUAUCCCUUAUGAGAUUUACAACCCUCAUUCCCUUUUUUGGCCUGAGUCUCCACAUCCAACACUUGGGGAAAAAUAUUUUCCUGUCCCAGAUUCUUUUUGGUGUAGGCACACUCCCGAGCAAUUAUGUUGCACUUUUGGCACUGAAUCACCUGGGCCGUCGAGUCAGCCAGAUGACUUUCCUGUUCCUGCUGGGAAUCUCCAUUCUGGUCACCACAUUUAUACCUCAAGGAAUGCAGACCCUGCGUGUGGUUUUGGCAGCUUUGGGAAUAGGAGUUUCUUCUGCUGCUAUCACCAGUUCCGCUACCCAUGGAAAUGAACUAAUCCCCACUGUAAUCAGAGCAAUAGCUAUAGGAAUCAUUGGAGUUGCUGCUAAUAUUGGGGCAGCCGUAGCUCCUCUCUUGAUGAUCCUAACAGUGUAUUCCCCACACCUGCCCUGGAUCCUCUAUGGAGUCUCCCCCAUCCUCGCUGGACUUCUUGUCCGACUCCUUCCUGAAACCAGGAAUCAGCCUCUGCCUGACUCCAUCCAGGACGUGGAAAAGGAGUGAGUAAACCCUCUAACUGUCCCUUAUGG